GCGAGGUAAUUUGAACUGUGUGACCUCGGCAGGAUAGGGUGUUAUAGUCAGUAGCUUGGUACUGCGAAAGCUGAAUUUUACCACCGAAAUUUCAUUCACUUGUUAAUUCGUUGGCUAUAUAUAUCUGACACAAGCUUUUGGCCCGAACUAGAUGAAAUUCAACCGAGAAUUUUGAAAAUAAGUUGGUGAUUCCAUUACUUGGAAGCUGAAAUAUUCCGCUUAAAAGUAACUUUGGUCUUCCUGUAGUCUUAAUCACUGGAUACCGUGAAACCUAGUGUCUGAAUUUGUCCAGAUAAAGUGCCUCAUGAAUUUAGCCCGACUCAAUCUCACAACUUUCCGGAAACACUGGGGUUUGGGGUUUUCUCAAAAACCAUUCCAAAUCUGACUUUUUGGCUGGAAUUCUGGGUUUCCCCUAAAUUUCCUAAUGUCAGUUAACAUUUUUGGGUUUUUGGUUGCAUUUUCCUAACGGGAGAUUGAGUAUCCUCCCGAAAUCAUAAACGCAUUUAUCAUACCUUUUAAUUUAAGGCUUUAAUUGAACCAAUUAUUGAAAAGUAUACCGAAGUUACGUAUCAGUUUAAAAUAUUGACGCUUGCUUAGACAAGAGUCGACCUGUCAUCAACUUUCAAGUAUAGUCCUCUAGCCACUGUCCAAACAGCUUGUUAAUUUGUCAUCUCAACCCGAAAUAAUCUCGUGGCAUACAGUGCUUCCUUUCAAAGUAUGGGAAGAUAUUCGUGAUUCCAUCUUAACAGCACGAUUUUUCUCAAACCUUUGUGUAACUAUCGCCUUGUCAGUGCAAAAAAACGGAGAUACUUGAAUUUUAUAUUAGGUAUAAAGGUUCGAUGUAAAAUUGAUAUCAAACUAGAUGGUCAAGCACGAUCCAAGUCUCUAGACAGUCUCUCAAGAUUUUUGGCUGCUUGUGAUCCUCAAACACAAAACUUCGUUAUCAUUCUCACUGCUUGGGCCUCCGAAUAUCCUGCGGAUAUAUAUCAGUAAAACUUAUACCUUGUGUUUGUUUAGUAAAUGACCGUAAGUCAUCCUCUUUUCCUAUUUCAGAUUUCUGCAUCAUCCAAGCCUACUAUCAUUGUUAAUCCUGCUCACACGUCUUUUUCUUAAAACAACCAAAUUUCUAAUCAAGAAUUGGGUCUUACAUGACAUGGUUUGUCUUCUGAAAAAUAUCAUCGUUGUCACAGGACAUGAAGGUACGAAAGAAAAUCUAGUCACCGUUGCCAGGCAAUUUAAAAAUUCAAAUGUUGUCAUACACCUGGAUCUGGCCAAACUCAUGGAGGACCAGUUUAUCGCAGGGUUUUGUCGACGAGGUGCUGUUACAGUUCUACCACUGAAACCAUUGCCAGAGUUUGAUAUUUCGAUUCAAAAAUCUAUUCUAACCCUGGAUAUGUCUCCAGUUGUCUACUCUGGUUUCGGAUUAUCUGCUAAAAAGAUUAAACAAGAAAAAAAGCGAUUUUUCUAUCGAUUUCAAGUUGAUUUAAACAGUUCACAGUUUCAGCGUAAUGGACCAUUACAUACACGUCUUCGAUCAUUUUUCAAGGCUUUCACCAAUCCCUUAGAAGUAGGCACUCGUAUCCCUCGACGCCUUGAAAAUCUUGGUCCUUUCUUUGUUGAAUGGUUGCCAGAUUCCUCAGUCACUCAAAUAAAUGAAUUCCCCAAAAAUGAAUCCAUUACUUCAUAUCUAAGUGCCAAAGAGCAUGUUGUGAUUCGACCACAAUGUGAGGUUUUCGAUUACACUGGACCACCAAUACUAAUGCCAGAACUGAUUUUUUGGGACAAACUGCCUGUGAAACAAGAAAUGAAAACAAACACAUGCACAGAAAUAGAUAAAACUUCGGAGUUAUUAAAUAUUGUAAAUAUUCGGUUAGGAUUAACAGUUUUAUCUUAUUUAGCAGCUGGAAUUUCAUUUCCUAAUUCAACCAUUUCAAAUUGUGCUCCAAGUGAUAAUCCAUGCUUAACCAAUACAAGUCUGUCACCAAUUUAUGCACAAACUAUAAAUGAAAUUCUGUUACCUGUUUAUAAGCUGGAAAAACUAAAAGUUAUAUAUCUAUCAGGUUUAUUUCUGGAUUAUUGUUACAAUGAAUUGGAGAAUAAAAUAAAAUCAAUGUUAACAGAAAGCGAAUGUGAAAAUGAAUUGGUUUACAUGUGCAGAUGUCCAUUAAAUGCUACCAUUGAUUCAAUGCAAUUAUCAGAACAGUCUGCUGAUCACUUAGAAACCUUAUUUUUAACUGGUAGAAAAACUGUUUCAGAUUCACAAGGUCCACCACUUUUUAAAAUUCGAUUUUAACAUCCUUUUUUUCAUCUGUAUGUAAAUUUUCGAUGCUAUUGAUAAAAUACUUUGUGCAAUU